AUGUCGACGGUAUACACCCCCCUUGGACUCCUUGCCUCCUCUCCCCGAUGUAAACAUUUGCUGACUGCUAGGUUGCGCAUAGCCCGCUCGCAUGCGAGAGACAAACUGAACAAUAUCUCCCGGGUUGAACGGCCGGUUAUACACACUCCUUCUCGCCGUGUCCAUGCCCAUUCGAACUUUGACCUUACUUUCGACCUUCAUCCCGGGAGGAACCGGAUAAAACUGCAACUGGAACCAAACCAUGAUGUUCUCUCCCAAGAUGCGCGUGUUACAUAUCUCGAUGCAGAGGGGAAUGUUGACCGGGUGGAACGGAUAGAACGGAGAGAUCACAGCGUGUUUAAAGGAUGGGCUUGGACGCAGGCAAAGUCGGGCGCAUGGGAGCGGGUUGGAUGGGCCCGAAUCACGAUGCAGCGGGAUGGAGAGGAUCCUCUGUUCGAAGGUGUCUUUACCGUCAUGCAUGACCAUCACCAGAUCAUAGCAAAAUCGAAUUAUGUACGCAAACGGCACCAGCAAGAUCCGCCGUUGGACAGUACCCCGGGCGAAUACAUGCUUCUCUUUCGGGGGUCGGAUAUAGCAGAACCGCACAGUCAAGGGAAUGUCGAGCGUUCGAUUAUGUCUUCGCCUUCAUGCGAUGCAGAUACUCUCGCAUACGACUCCAAUUCCGAGUUUCUGUUUCCCCCGCUGCCGCAGGAGAACAAUACCGGCCUAUGGAAUCAGUUCAUGACAAGCAUAGGUAAACGUCAGAUGACAGAUACGGGCGGCAACGUCCCUGGAUCUAGGGAUCUAAAGGAGACCAUUGGAAGUACAGCGGGCUGCCCUAAUACCAGAAGAGUUGCCCUGAUAGGCGUAGUUGCAGACUGCACGUAUACCAACACAUUUGCCUCAGAGAUGGACGCCAGGUCGGACAUCAUUUCAGUCGUCAAUGCUGCCUCCGUCGUCUAUGAGCAUUCGUUUAACAUAUCCCUUACUCUCGGAGAAGUGAACAUCUUGCCCAAGAACUGUCCCGCAACAGCAUCUUCCGCAACUCCCUUUAACCAGCAGUGCGAUGACCGUGGUGGGAGCAGCUCCUUCACACUCUCAGACAGGCUGAGUACGUUUUCUGCCUGGCGAGGAAAGAAGACGGAUGACUUUGCAUUCUGGACUCUGAUGACGGACUGCGUUACCGAUAACCAAGUGGGCCUAGCAUGGGCUGCACAGCUAUGCGUCAAAGGCGUCCAGGGUGAUCCAAAUACUCGUAAUGCCAGCUCCCAGGCUGUAGCCGGUGCCAACGUUGUCUCCAAGACGGACAACACCUGGCAAGUCUUUGCUCACGAAGCCGGCCACAUCUUUGGAGCAGUUCAUGACUGUGACACUAUGCUCUGCCAGAACCGGGCUAAUCCAGAUAACUCCAGAUGCUGCCCAUCAACCGCAACUACAUGUGAUGCAGGCGGAAAAUUCAUGAUGAACCCUACUUCCGGAAGACAGAUCACAAAUUUCUCGCCCUGCUCAAUAGGACAGAUAUGCUCUCGAAUGGCAAGACAUACCAUCCUAACGGACUGUCUAACCACAAACCGUGGUGUUGAUACGAUCUCAGGCCAGCAGUGUGGCAAUGGCAUUGUUGAGGACGGUGAAGACUGUGACUGCGGUGACGCAGAGAGCUGCAAAGGCAAUACUUGCUGCGAUCCUAAGACAUGCAAAUAUACUUCUGGCUCUCAGUGCGAUGACACGAACGAAGAAUGCUGCAGAGGAUGCAAAUUUGCAUCUAGCUCGACUGUAUGCCGUAUGAGCAGUGGACCCUGCGACCCAGAAGAAAAAUGUUCUGGAGAUUCCGGAGAUUGCCCCAAAGAUACGCAUUCCACCGAUGGAGAGACAUGCGCUGCCAACUUGCAGUGCGCUAGUGGUCAAUGCACCAGUCGAGACCUGCAGUGUCAGAUGCAUCUUGGGAACCAGGUUGCUGGCUCGAGGACAGUGGCAUUUGACUCAUAUGGCUGCGAGAUAGCCUGCAAAGACCCGGCUAGACCCAACGUGCGGUACGAAGGUAGCCUCACUUUCCUCGAUGGGACACCCUGCGGAGGUGGUGGCUCAUGUAAAAAUGGUCAAUGUACCGGCAGCACAUUCAGCAAUGAGGUAUCUGAAUGGGUCAGCCGCAAUAAACCCAUUGUCAUUGGCGUAUCAAUCGGUGCCGGCGGUCUACUCCUCCUAGCCAUCGCGUCCUGUAUCUGUGGACGAUCCAAAAGACGGAGGCCCAGAAACAGAAAAAUGCAACCGGUUAACAUGCGUCCUAUGGCCCCAGGUUACAAUGGUUGGAAUGGGGGUCCUCCAAACCACCAGCAACCGCCGGGCGGACAUCCCCCGUAUAACAAUGUCCCUCCGCAUCUCAAUGCUCCUCCACCUACAUAUCCAGGAAAUAUGCAUUCGACACGAUAUGCUUAA